AUUGAAUAUUUGGUUUAUGCUUUACUGAUUCAGUAGUUUGGCUCUAUCCAGGUUCCAGCACCAUCAGCUGACAAAGUGUACAAGAAAAUUAAAGUAUUAAACAACCAUGGUGAAUAUUGAUCAUUUGUCACAAAUCACAAUAAAGUAACAGCAAAUGAGGAUCGGGCAUACCAUCAUAAUUAACAGUACUGCAUCCAAUAGAUUGAAGGUAUCAAUCAAAUCUACUAAGCUUUGUUUGAUGAGAUCGCACAAAAUCAAUCCAAGCAUCAUUGCAAAUUUGCAACUACAAUAAAAAAAAGAAGAUCUCCAUAGAAUUUCUGGUGACCACACAAUAGAAUCUGCACUGGUCAAAACCAACUCAACAAAUAGAUAAGAUAAUAUCAUAAGGUUCUGCAUUUCCACUGUGCAAUUCGGCCAUCCUUGAUCACAUAAACACAAGAAAAACAGUCAAAUUGGUAACUUUUUUGACCUAAUCCGCACCAUAAUCACAUCUCCAGCUCAAUCAUACAGCCAAAUCCCAAAUUAAACUGCCCAGAAAUAUAAAGCCUCGCAUCAGGAUUAGGGUCAAAAGCAUACAUAGGCGUCCCUAAAUUCCUUUCCAUGCGAAAACAAAUCGAGAUAUGGAGCAUGAAACGGCGAGAAAGAAGGCACGAUUUUAUGCAGAUAAGUCCUAGGAUUUGUUUAAAACUUUAUUAAGACACUACCAAACCAGGGACCUAUUUGUAAAUACUACAAUAUAUCAAACCCUUCAAGGAAAAUUUGACACAUACCUCUCCAUCUGAGCGGAGAGCUCGCACGCGGUGUGGGAGAAAAGGCGGCUGCGUGCGCCGUCUAGGGCUCUGCGGCUGCGCACAACGUGUUCGAUGGAAUGCCGCGGCAGGGUGAAGCACGCGCUGCGCGGCGCCGAUGCGGCGUUCCGCGUGCUCGCGGGCGGCCGACGCGGGAUCCACUUCGUGCCCGGGCCGACCGAAGACGAGGAGGAGGAGCACGCCACGCCCCCGUCGCGGCGCUGGUACCGCGCCGCGUACGCCAGGCUGCUCCGGCUCGCCGGGUCGCUGCGGGGCGUGGAGCGCGGGGACGGCGGGGGUCCGCGGCACGCGGAGACGGGGUCCGUCGUGGCGGACGCGCGGCGCGUCGCCGACCGGGUGGCGGAGUUCGACGCGCUGGCGGCGCGGUACCUCGCCGCGGGGCAGCGCGCGCCGCCCCUGAAGGCGACGUCGCUGAGCUCGCUGACGCGGGUGUGCGACGUGCUAGGCGUGUCGGCGCAGCUGAGGAAGAGCGUGCGCCUCGCCAUCUGCCCGCAGCUGACGCAGCACCACAUCUGGCGCGGCGCGCUGGAGGAGGUGCUCCGCGACCUGCGCGCCGACAUGGCCGCGCUGGGCCACCCAUCCCCGGCGACCCAGAUGGCCGACCAGAUCGCCGCCGCCUGCGUCCACUUCCUCUCCGACACCGCCGACGAGGCGACCUCGUCGUCCCCAUCCUGGAUGCGCCCGACCCCUUUCAACAAACCUGCAAAUUCGCCGCCGCCGCCGCCGGCGAAGACAUGGCAAGAGGUGCUCGACAUGUUCACCGACCUAGCCAAGAGCCUGGACGCCGACGCGCGGCUCGCCGGCCACGCCGACAAGGUCGCCGCGAUGAAGGAGGGGCUCUACCAGAUACGCAACGUCUUCGUCGAGAGGGACAUCGCCUUCAAGGAGGCUCGCCGGCAAGACUGCCUGGUGCAGAAGAAGCUCUCCAAGAGCCUAGGCCAUUCGUCCAAAUGCCUCUACACCUUGCUCCUCUUCUACCUCUACGGCAAUGUCCGGGACGUCGAGGUGCACGCCGGCAAGCGCCUCUCUGGCAAGGGGGGGAAGAGGGUCACCGUCCACGCCGCCAAGUUCCUGAUCGACGGCGAUGAACCGGCGAUCAGGAACGCCGUCAAGCAGCUGAGCCGCGCCAUCGGCGUGUUCCGGUUCGUCUGGGAGGCGGCUCAUGCUGACAAUGGCGAUCAUGCCAAUGGCAAUGGCAAGGGCGGUGCCAUGGCCAAGAAAGGCCAUGGAGAUGAUGCAAAGGGUUUACUGAAGCUGCAAGGGCAUAUCUGGGGUUUGGGUGUUGAAGAGAAGGAAGUGACUUACAGAGGGGAUGUGUUCCAUGUUCAUCAGAUACAGCUUCCAUGAAUUUUCAGUUUUGCAAACAUCUUUGUAAAAUCAUAUAUAACUUCUGAAUAUUAGUGAGAAUUCUUUUUUCUAUAAUAGAAUUCAAUCCAGCCUCUACAGCAAAUAUGUAUCCAGCCAGCCAAAGUGGGAAUUCAGACCAAAAUUGAUCA